AGCCGAUGAAGAUGGCGGACGGGGUUGUGUGAGGGACCGUGGAGGCCCAGAGCCGGGGCCCGAGGACGUGACAGCCCUGCGUGCCCGCGGGAGCCCGACGGGGGCUCCUGCUCCUGCAGAGAGGAAACCUCAGCCAGGGCCAUGACGAGGCCACUUCCCUGUCAUCCGUGUACGGCUCGGCUAAGUUAACGCUGCGGGAGCCUGGGGAGGAACCACGCUACUGUCGGCAUGAGGCCGCUGCCUUCCCAGAGCUGAGAGGGGCGCUGCCAUGGCCUCUUUGGAUGACCCGGGAGAAGUGAGGGAGGGCUUCCUCUGCCCCCUGUGCCUGAAGGACCUGCAGUCAUUCUACCAGCUUCAGUCCCAUUACGAGGAGGAGCACUCGGGCGAGGACCGCGAUGUCAGAGGGCAAAUUAAAAGUCUUGUCCAGAAGGCUAAGAAAGCAAAGAACAAGCUGUUGAAACGAGAAGGUGAUGAUCGAGCAGAAUCAGGGACCCAAGGAUAUGAGUCUUUCAGCUAUGGAGGGGUUGAUCCUUACAUGUGGGAACCCCAAGAACUUGGUGCUGUGAGAAGCCAGCUUUCUGACUUCAAAAAGCAUCGAGCUGCCCGAAUUGACCACUAUGUUGUUGAAGUCAAUAAAUUAAUAAUCAGGUUAGAGAAGCUCACGGCAUUUGACAGAGCGAAUACUGAGUCUGCAAAGAUUCGAGCAAUAGAAAAGUCUGUGGUGCCUUGGGUCAAUGACCAGGACGUCCCUUUCUGCCCAGACUGUGGGAAUAAGUUCAGCAUCCGUAACCGCCGCCACCACUGCCGCCUCUGUGGCUCUAUCAUGUGCAAGAAGUGCACGGAGCUCAUCAGCCUUCCCUUUGCAAACAAGCUCACCAGUGCCAGCAAGGAUUCCCUGAGCACGCACACCAGCCCCAGCCAGUCGCCCAACAGUGUCCACGGCUCCCGCCGGGGCAGCAUCAGCAGUGUGAGCAGUGUGAGCUCGGUCCUGGAUGAGAAGGAUGAUGACCGGAUCCGCUGCUGUACGCACUGCAAGGACACGCUGCUCAAGAGGGAGCAGCAGAUCGACGAGAAGGAGCACACGCCCGAGAUUGUGAAGCUCUACGAGAAAUUGCGACUUUGUAUGGACAAGGUUGACCAGAAGGCCCCUGAGUACAUCAGGAUGGCAGCAUCAUUAAAUGCCGGUGAGACAACCUAUAGUCUGGAACACGCAAAUGACCUUCGAGUGGAGGUGCAGAAGGUGUAUGAGCUAAUAGAUGCUUUAAGUAAGAAGAUCUUAACCUUAGGCUUGAACCAGGACCCUCCACCACAUCCAAACACUUUGCGGCUGCAGAGGAUGAUCAGAUACUCAGCUACACUUUUUGUGCAGGAAAAGUUGCUUGGCUUAAUGUCACUGCCAACCAAAGAACAAUUUGAGGACCUGAAAAAGAAAAGGAAGCAGGACAUGGAGAGGAAGAGGAUCAUGGAGAGACAGGUAGCUCUUGAGUCCCAGCGAAGACUUGAGGAAAGGCAGAGUGGCCCAACGUCUCGCACGGCCAACGGGGAGCUGGCAUCCCUGCCCAGGGGCCCUGCCCCUCUGAGAAAGGCUGAGGGCUGGCUCCCACUGUCGAGAUGUCAGGGACAGAGUGAAGACCCCGACCCCCUGCUGCAGCAGAUCCACAACAUCACGUCGUUCAUCGGGCAGGCCAGGGCUGCCGGCCGUAGCGACGAGGUGCGCACGCUGCAGGAGAACCUGCGGCAGCUGCAGGACGCCUACGAGCAGCAGCAGGUAGAGAAGGCCAUCGAGCUGUCCCGGAGGCAGGCCGAGGAGGAGGACCUGCAGCGGGAGCAGCUGCAGAGACUCCGGGAGCGGGAGUGGGAGCGAGAACUGGAACAGUUCCGGGUGGCGUCCCUGCACACGUGCACUCGGUCCCUGGACUUCAGAGAAAUUGGGCCUUUUCAGCUGGAGCCCAGCAGGGAGCCCCGCCCCCACCUUGCGUAUGCGCUGGAUCUGGGCCCUUCCUCAGGGCAGAGCAGCACGGCUCCCACGGCCUCUUCCCCCAGCCCAGCGCAGGGACCUGACCUAGUGUGGGCUGGGCCCUCAGCCUGCGGCCAGAAAGGCCCUCCCCAGGGUUCCACGUCUCAGCCAAACGAGGUGCCCUCCCUAAACCCCUUUGAAGAGGAAGACCUCGCCAGCCCCAGAGAGGAGGAUCCCACGCACCCUCCCGCUGCAGAGGCGUCCAUCAGCUCUGCAGCCCUUGUCCCAAAAGAGUAUAAUCCUUUUGAGGAAGAGGUCGUGGCAGGGAAUCCCUUCACAAGUCCAGACUCGCCGGCGCCCAACCCCUUUGAGGAGGAGAAGGAGUCUCCCCGCCUGAGGCCCUCCAGCCCUCCUGUCCCUGGCAACCCCUUUGAGGAGCCUGCCGGUCCCAACCCCUUCGAUGUGGACAGUGACAGCGGGGCUGAGGCCGAGGAGCCCAUAGAGGAGGAGCUCCUGCUGCAGCAGAUUGACAACAUCAAGGCCUACAUCUUCGAUGCCAAGCAGUGUGGCCGCCUGGACGAGGUGGAGGUCCUGACGGAGAACCUGCGGGAGCUGAAGCGCACCCUGGCCAGGCAGAAAGGGGGCCCCGACUGAGCAGCGGUGGGAGGGGCCUGGCAGCAGAAAGGCAGGUGGGAUUGGCAGGGAGGCGGGGCGGGAGUCCAGGUGCACAGUCUGCUGACGUGUGCUGUGCACUUUGAGGCAUUUCCACUACAGAUGAAUAAUAAAAUGGGAUCCAGAACAGGAGGAAUCAGCACUGAUGUGCUGCUUUUCCUUUUUUUUUUUUUUUUUUUAAAAUUGGAGGUUUUCCCCUUUCAAAGGGACUUCAUAUUCUCACUACCCAGGAGAAACUCUGUUGGGCCCAGGGCAGAAAUGGUGACCAUAUACCUCCUGGGUCCCUUUGCUGCUGCCGGGUUGGGUCUGCAGUGUUAGAGAGCAGCUUUUCCUAGGCCCGCCCUGGGCCGAGAAGGGCGGGAUGGAGUCCCUUAACUGCUCUGCUCUGGCCCCGUGGAAGUCAGUCUCUUGCGGGCCAUGGGUUCUGUUUCACCCAGGCCUGUGCAGCAGGGGGGAGAGGGGCUGCAGUGAGGGCAAGAGUCCAGAUCCAGGAAGAGCCCAGCACCUCUCUUUAAUAUCUUGCAGGAUCUGUUUGCCUCUCUGUAAGUUCCUGUUUGUUAAGCUCCCAGUGAGGGGUAGCAAGGUGGGUUUGAUCAUGAUCUUUUCAGAAAAUGGGCAUGGCUAAUGUUCUGGUUGAUUUUAGUAUUUGGGAAAAGAGUUUCUAUAUAUACAUGGUUCUGAUGGAAAUUGUCUAUCCCCAGAGAAACCUCCCUGCAGAGUUUUGGCAGAACUACUCUGCUGUGGGCCUCUUUGGAGGGCCCAGUGUGUAAUGUAGGAAUUGGGGUCAGGAAGCCUCCCGGAGUCACAGGAUAAACCACAAGCCAAAGCCGCUCCAUCAGCCUUCUUCCUUCGGAAUCAUCCCGUCCUGACCUGGGGCGCUGGUGAGAUCUGUUGCUACCGACACGGACAUCUGUGAAGAGGAUCAGCCCAGGGUCCUGGCGCUGGCUCUGCCGUGCUUCACCUCUGCACCAGGCAAAGGUAGAAAGGGAAUGGACUAACUGAGCCCUGGUGCUUCGGUUUCCAGGACCCUCAUGAACCCUUUGCUGACCUCUGACGUCAUGACACCCAGGUGUGCUUGGCUCUGGGUAGGGUUUCUGCAGUUACAGUUGCUAAUUAAUGAACAAUGGCUGACCACUCGUCACUUUAUACCCUCAGCUAACUCUGCGCCAUCCUUUGGUUACUGAUGUGAGAGUUAAUUCAUUUCAUGCUGGAGAAGAUCCUACUGAUAGUGGGAGUGGGAAUGGCUGAAUUCUCUGGGUGUAAAAACCUAUGUCGGCGCUAGUGAUAUUUCACAUUUUCUGGGUCUUUUUCUUUGGAGAUGUGGAAAUAGGGAAGGGUGGGGGUGUGUGUGGAGGACCCGUCGCCUCUGGGUUCUGUUCACAAACAAAAGGAAAAUGAAGUUCUGCAUGAAGCCGCUGACCAGCCCUUGUCGGCUGUUGCGGUGGCUUUGGGAAGUGGGGGAGCAGGUAGCUACGGCAGUGGUGGGGGUUUCCCCUCUCCCCCGAGGCCAUGCCCUUCAUGCUGUUGCUUCCUGACUGGAGAGUAGGUGGCUCUGCACCGGAAACAAGGCAGCUCCGGGAGCUGAAUGCCGCUUGCCGUCACACUCUGCUGUGAGAACGUGGCUCAAGUAGCUGGUGACUUCAGCUGAGGCUAAUCCACUAAAUGUACCCUUUCCUGAAGUCACCCGCAGGAAUCAUCUGUAAGUAAUUAACAGCAUCGGGGGAACAAAGGAAACCUCGGUAAAAGCUGUCUUAAAAACCCGACUUGCUGGCUGUAGUAAACCAAACUGAAAUCCCUGUGCUCUCAUUGCUUUUCCCCAUGGCUCUGUGUUCGUAUGUGAAUGUGAACAUGACGGGAGUUAAAAUUCUCCACCCCUUGGCUGUGCCAAUUCCCAGAAUUCAUGCAGGCACAUGGUUGACAGCAGGAAAAGCUGGCCUGUGUGUCGUAACCACUGCGUCAGGUUUUAGCUCACCUGACUGCAGCCUUGCUUCAUCUUGUCGUCCAUGAGCAGGUUCUGGAUGUGGCGUUGGCAGACCCCAGGCACUGAUCAUGGUCCUACAUGGAAGAGACUUCGGGGACUCGGACAUCAACGAAGUCGCUUCCUGCCUUUUCCCUUUUAUACCUCGUCUGUAUCCCCCGCCCCUGGUCUAAUACACUAAGGACACUUACUCACUGUACUCGCAGAUCAGUGUAUCUUUGCUGUUCAGUUCCUACAAUGUACCUGAGUCAUCCUGAGCCAUGCGGUGUGCUGGCCGUUGGCGUGGUUAGGUGGUGGGACUCAGCAUGAGAGGCGGGUCUGCAGCAGCUCAGACUGGAGCAGCAGGUUGUGCUGGUCGCCUGACAGUGACUGUCAGUCUGAGGGUCGUUGAUUUGCAUGCACUACUCUGAGGCCUUGUAUUGGAGCUUUUUUUAAAAAAUAAAAUAACACAUG